UCAUGGGGGAGGUGGCGGCGCUUGGUGGCUACUGGCGGCCGAGGUAGAGUGAGGCUCCGGAGUUGUGCGGGGCCGCCGGCAGAUUUGAAGCUUGCAGUACAUUUUCAAGGAAAGAUUGCCAGAGCAACUGCUUUAGCAACCCAAGAUCUUGAUACAUACCCAGAUUGAAAUAUUGGUGGGGUAGCAAUCCUCAGACACCUUACUUGAGACAGAUGAGGAAACUGAGACUUGGUGAAGUUAUGAAACUUGUCCAAAGUCACACAGCUUGUAAAGGGCACAGUCAAGAUUCAGAGCCAGGUUAUAAAAAUUAACAUGAACAAAUUACGGCAAAGUUUUAGGAGAAAGAAAGAUGUUUAUGUUCCAGAGGCCAGUCGUCCACAUCAGUGGCAGACAGAUGAAGAAGGGGUUCGCACUGGAAAGUGUAGCUUCCCAGUUAAGUACCUCGGCCAUGUAGAAGUUGAUGAGUCAAGAGGAAUGCACAUCUGUGAAGAUGCUGUGAAAAGAUUGAAAGCUGAAAGGAAGUUCUUCAAAGGCUUCUUUGGAAAAACUGGAAAGAAAGCAGUGAAAGCAGUCCUGUGGGUAUCAGCAGAUGGACUCAGAGUUGUGGAUGAAAAAACCAAGGACCUCAUAGUUGACCAGACAAUAGAGAAAGUUUCUUUCUGUGCCCCAGAUAGGAACUUUGAUAGAGCCUUCUCUUACAUAUGUCGUGAUGGCACCACUCGGCGCUGGAUUUGUCACUGCUUCAUGGCUGUCAAGGACACGGGUGAAAGACUGAGCCAUGCAGUAGGCUGUGCUUUUGCAGCCUGUUUAGAGCGUAAACAGAAACGGGAGAAGGAAUGUGGAGUAACUGCUACUUUUGAUGCCAGUCGGACCACUUUUACACGAGAAGGAUCAUUCCGUGUCACAACUACCACUGAACAAGCCGAAAGAGAAGAGAUCAUGAAACAGUUGCAAGAUGCCAAGAAAGCUGAAACAGAACAGACAGUUGUUGGUUCCUCAGUGGCUCCUGGCAGCAGUGCCCAAUCCCCAUCCUCUCCCACCUCUCCCACUUUGGAUGCCACUGCCUCUCUGGAAAUGAACAAUCCUCAUGCCAUCCCACGUCGGCAUGCACCAAUUGAACAGCUUGCUCGCCAAGGCUCCUUCCGGGGAUUUCCUGCUCUUAGCCAGAAGAUGUCACCCUUUAAACGCCAACUAUCCCUGCGCAUCAAUGAGUUGCCUUCCACUAUGCAGAGGAAGACUGAUUUCCCCAUAAAAAAUGCAGUACCAGAGGUAGAAGGAGAGGCAGAGAGCAUCAGCUCCCUAUGCUCACAGAUCACCAAUGCCUUCAGCACACCUUCUGAGGACCCCUUCUCCUCCGCCCCAAUGACCAAACCAGUGGUUGCACCACAAUCUCCUGCCUUGCAAGCUAAUGGCACUGACUCAGCCUUCCAUGUGCUUACUGCUAAGCCAGCCCAUUCUGCUCUAGCACCCGUAGCAAUGCCUGUGCGUGAAACCAACCCUUGGGCCCAUGUCCCUGAUGCUGCUAACAAGGAAAUUGCAGCCAUACAUCCGGGGAUGGAGUGGGGUCAGUCUUCUGGUACUGCCUCUCCAGGUCUCUUCCAGGCUGGUCACAGACGCACUCCCUCUGAGGCUGACCGUUGGUUAGAAGAAGUAUCAAAGAGCAUCCGGGCCCAGCAGCCCCAGGCCACAGCUGCUCCUCUGCAGCCAGUUCUCCAGCCUCCUCCACCCACUGCCAUUGCCCAGCCAGCACCUCCUUUCCAAGGAAAUGCAUUCCUCGCCUCACAACCUGUGCCAGGGGGUGUGGUCCCACCCUUGCAGCCAGCCUUUGUCCCUUCCCAGUCCUAUCCUGUGGCCAACGGGAUGCCCUAUCCAGCCUCAAAUGUGCCUGUAGUGGGCAUCACCCCCUCCCAGAUGGUAGCCAAUGUGUUUGGUACGGCAAGCCAUCCUCAGGCUACUCAUCCCCAUCAGUCACCAAGCCUGACCAAGCAGCAGACAUUCCCUCAGUAUGAGACAAGCAGUGCUACCACCAGUCCCUUCUUUAAACCUGCUCAGCACCUCAACGGUUCUGCAGCUUUCAAUGGUGUAGAGGAUGGCAGGCUGACCUCAGGAAAUAAGCACGCAGAGGUUCCUAUAGGCACCUGCCCAGUGGAUCCUUUCGAAGCUCAGUGGGCUGCAUUAGAAAGCAAGUCCAAGCAACGUACUAAUCCCUCCCCUACCAACCCCUUUUCCAGUGACUUGCAGAAGACAUUUGAAAUUGAACUUUAGAGACAAUCUCUUCUGGCUUAUGUAUCUUAUCUGUACUUGGACAAGGGCAGGGGGUAGAGGGCAAAGGAACAAAGGGAACUUUGUCUUCCUGGUCAGCGCACUCUUCACUAAUCCCAAAGGUCCCAAGAAGCAAGUUCAAGCACAGAGUACAGUAAGUGGCAAUUUCAACAAAAGUGGGGAGAACCAUUCCUAGAGAAGUCUUCCUUGCAGCUUGACUAGGUCAAGGAAAUGUUGCUCUCUGUCCCCUCCUCUCUUACACCCUUAACAAAUCUCUGGCAACAGAGAGGCAGAAGUAUCUGAACAGGAAUCUGCAUUCAAAGCACAUUUACUGGAAUAUAAAACAUAACAGGAAGCAAAACAAUCUCCCCUUCUUUUUCAGGCCAGUCACCUGCUCUUCCCAGUACUGGCCUGUCCGAGAUCAAGAACUGUGUGGCUUGUGCUCAGGCUGUGCUGCCAGGGUUCCCAGAAGUACAUAUCAGCCAUUGCCUAGCAGAGCUAGAUUUGGGGGGUAAAGUUGAGCUUCCAUUUUGAGUAACAAAAUAAAUAUUAUAAAUAUAUAUCAAAAAGCCAAAAUCUUUAUUUUUAUGCAUUUAGAAUAUUUUAAAUAGUUCUCAAUAUUAAAAACUUGUAAGAGUUGUAAGUAAUCUUGCCAAAACUAAAAGGGUUAGUUGUAAGAAAUUGUACAUAAGAUUGAUUUAUCAUUGAUGCCUAUUGAAGUAAAAAGAGGAAGGGUUGGGAGUUGCAGGCAGGAUCCCUAGCUUGUUUGUGAUCAUUCACUGUAACUAGCACAUUGCAACAACAAUCAUACUGAUGUCCAAUACAGUCACUAGGUUGUAGUUUUAAAUAAAGAAAAUGAAAGAGCAGUGUUGUCCUGGUUUUAAACCUAUGGUGAAAUUCUAAUAUCAUUUUAAUGGAAUCAAUCUAUGCUCUAGGGACUCUCUAGUAUGUGUUAUCUUUUAUGUAUUGUUGCAAUUUCCUUAUGUUAAUCCUUUAGCACUAAGGUGACAGUGACAUCAUAUCCACAAAAGUGAAUGCAGGUUACUGUGUUGGUUUGUAGUGUACGUCUUGGUGGCAUUCGUCCUUUAAAUUUUGUCCCCAUAAGUUUUAGGGGAUGAGGAUUCUGGUUUUAUCUGCUUUGUUCAUGUCUGCCUCCUCCCCGCCAUGAACAGAACAUCCCAUGCCAGUUGCAGCUACUUGACCUCGGGUAACAGCGUGAGAUCCCAUCUCAUUUUUACUUUCGAACGUUGGCCUUACAAUGUAAGUUAUAUAUACAUAUAUAUAUAUAUAUAUAUUUGUACUGACAAGAAUUUAUAAUCUGCUUUAACAAAAAUAAAUGUUCGUGGUAGAA